AUGGGGAAUCCUCCCGUUUCAGAUACGUCGGCCAAUAACCCUACCGUCAAGAGGAAGAGGAGACGGCUUCAUCCCCUUCGGCGAAUUGCAAAGCUCAUCCUCGGAAACCCAAAAACACCCAGCACCAGGGAACAGAUACAAGACCACGAGCAGGGCAAAGCAUGUCACGGCCCGUCUAAAUGGCACUACCUGCUCCCCUUUCUCGAGCCGCUCAUUUCGCUCGACCCCAAACUGUCAUUUAUCGAGGACCGCAUCCUCCGACGACCUCCGCAGCCAAAAACGGAAACAGAGGCCUCUGAGGCCCCGCGAAACCUUGAUGACCUGAGAAGAGACGUGCAAGAAGCAGAUGUACCAUGUGAAUGCGACGAGUGCGCGCCUAAGCUUUACAAAAUCACGACGACCAAAUCCCAUGGCAUCAUCAAGGACCAAUUGGCCAACACCAACCGCACCCGGCGCUCCAAAGGCCUGUUGUAUGAGAAUCAGCCCAAGCAGGUAAGUCCAGGAUCGUACCUGCGACUGCGCUUUCGCGGCGACUAUGAAGCCAUGACUUUGGUACGACACCACAUGGCGUGGCUCGACGCGACCUACCUCCACCCAUCUGCGCACAUUACCCCGGCCGUCCACCAACUGCGCAGUCUCCUCAAAGCAUGGCACCCGCAAAUCACCGGCCUGGACAUGCGCCGCACGCUCUCAGUCGCGCAACUAACCACGCUCUUCACGCACCUGAACCGUGUCUUCUUCUCAGGCUGCGUACCCACGCACAAUGCGACUCUAACAGCAGGCUUCUCGUACCUCCCCGAGCAGCAGCGCGACUGCUUUGGCAAAUCCCUCUUCAACCCUCUGAUCGGCACCCAGAUCCUCGUCCAUCCCACUCUAUACCGCGGCGCCGGCACGCCAAGUCACCACCCGGACAUUAUGCGCCUGAACAACCGCCUCGGAACCAUUAUCCACGAAAUGUGCCAUGCCUUUCUCAAAGCGUAUUCCUGUCGCUCGUGCUCCAUGCACGAGGCGUGCGACGGCGCGACAGGGCAUGGCCGUGCGUGGCAGCUACUCGCCAAGAAGCUCGAAGAAGCUGCGUGUGUGGUCCUGGGCGGAGAGGUAGAUAUGGGCCGUGGACCCAGUUUGCUGAGGGAAAUCGCGUGUAGUGGGCGGCUUCCGAGCUGUCACGAUCUCGAGGCGUACGGUAUGAAUGUGGUCCAAGCGCCUGCGCCUGUUGCGUGUGUCGAGAAGAAAGAGAAGUGGACGGUGCGACUGGCUGGAUGA